AUGGACGGCACGCCUCAGGGGCCCAGGCGGGAGGACCUGAAAAACCAGCUGCCUGACAUCAUUACUCUGCAGGCGAGGAGAGACAGGCGGGGAAGUCCGCCUGCAGGAACAGCACCCGGUGUAGGACACCAUUCAGUGGACUAUGCCCCCCUCGGUCAAGUGAGAGAGGGAGGAGGGUGGGUAGCAGAAGGGGGGGAGCCCCUUCUUCAUCAUCCCAUCCGGAGAAAGCUUGGGCUGAAAUCAGUGGAGUUUCAGUGGUUAGCGUUGAAAAUGCAAACUUCCACCGCCUCACCCGAAAGCAACACGACGUCAACUUCCAACAUCACCAAAUCCAAAGAGCAGAUUCUCAUCCAGAGUUCUGGGGCUAUGAUUGCUGUGAUUGUCAUUGGUAUUAUCAUCAUUCUCACCGUUGUGCUCUUUGUGCUGAAGACAUACAACAAACGGACCCACGCGUCCCGACUCCUGGGUUCCACCGGGGGUUCCAAACCUCGUAAGAAGGCGUCCCCGUCGACAGUCCCCACCAUGCCCAUGGACACCAUCGGGGUCAGCUCCGUGUCAGGCAGCCUCCCCAACUCAAACCCGACCUCAGAGACCAGCCUUCACCUGCCCAUGGCGCAGCUGAGCUCUGCAAGGGGCAACCACAUAGGAUUGUUCAGUACCAACGGGGGAUCCACGGUGGUCACCAUCCACGAUACGUCUGGAAACACAUAGCAAGGGCUCCAAACAAAGGCCCCUGACUGACUGAUGCACUGCCUUUGUCGACUGAAUGUGUUAAAAUGAGACAAAAACACACCAUGUGAACAAAACAACACCACAAGUAGACACAAAGAGCUUCACGAAGGAUGUGAGAAAACACCAAAAUGAGUCUUCUUUUUGUUUACAGAGUGUGUGCAUAUCACAAGUAAUCCAAAGGAGAAAACAUUCCUGGCAAUGUUGGUCUUAACUGGGUACAUUUCUGUAUUUAAUAAGUCACUUGUGUCCAUCAGUAGAAUGAACUGUAGGACAGAGACAAAAACGGUAUCAAAUAGGAUAACUCAGUGUUUGUACAGGCUUCUGGAUAUUUUGUGACCUACAUGCCUUCUUUCUACGUUAGGAAAUCUUUUCAAACUAUUCUUCUGUAUGAAAAUCUCACUUAUUUGUUUUAUAAAACAUCCAGGUAUUGAAUACCAACAUAUUUUGCACUUUAUUUUCAUUGCUCCCUACAUUUGUUUUAUGUCUAUUUUAUUUAGAUUGAAUUAGAUUCAAA